UUUUUUUUUUUUCUUUUCUUCUUCACGUAAUAACUUAUAAUUCAAAAUGGCUCGUAACUUUUUCGUUGGUGGUAACUGGAAGAUGAACGGCUCUGUUGCCGACUGCAAGAAGCUCGUUGAUAUGCUCAACGGUUUCCAAGUCCCCGCUAACACCGAGGUUGUUGUUGCUCCUCCCGCUCUCUAUGUUGACCGUGUCAACCAAGCUUUAAAGAAGGAUAUCAAGGUUGCUGCUCAAAACACCUACAUCAAGCCCUCUGGUGCUUACACUGGUGAAAUCUCUCCUCAAAUGCUCAAGGAUAUGGGUGUUGAAUGGGUUGUCCUUGGUCACUCUGAACGUCGUGAAUACUUCAAGGAAUCCGAUGAUCUCGUUGGUGAAAAGACCGCCUUCGCCCUUGCUGCUGGUGUCUCUGUCAUCGCCUGUAUUGGUGAAAAGCUCGAAGAACGUGAAGCCAACAUCACCAACGAUGUCGUUGCUCGUCAAAUGAAGGCCAUUGCUGAUCACGUCAAGGACUGGACUCACGUUGUUGUUGCUUACGAACCCGUUUGGGCUAUCGGUACCGGUAAGGUCGCUACCCCCGAACAAGCUCAAGAUGUUCAUGCUUUCCUUCGUAAGUGGUUGGCUGAAAAUGUUUCUCAAAAGGCUGCUGACGAAACCCGUAUCCUUUAUGGUGGUUCCGUUAACGGUGCUAACUGUAAGACUCUUGCUGCCAAGCCUGAUAUUGAUGGUUUCUUGGUUGGCGGUGCUUCUCUUAAGCCCGAAUUCGGUGACAUUAUCCUCUCUCGUCAAUAAGUUAUUUAAAAUCAUGUUGUCGUACUCUCUUCUUUUUUUUUUGUAUUUAAUACAUUAGUUUACAUAAAGCAUAUUCAUCAUUAAAUAAUUUUUUAUCAUUUGAAAUGCAAAUGAACAAAAAAAAAAUCAUAUGUUUAUUUGA